CACACCACAAUUUCUGCCCUUUCUUCCUCUCUUGUUGUGUUAGCUCCAAUUAACCAAUCCACCACCAAUGUCUUUUCUCUUGUAACAUCUAAAUCCCGUCAUCAACAAUAACAACAACAAAAUGCUAGAUCCGACCUCCGGUCUGCCACCGCCUCCGUCCUCCCCCACCAUCUCAUCCGUCUCCUCCUCCGAUCUCGACACCGAGUCGACAGGUUCGUUUUUCCAUGAUAGAAGCACCACAUUGGGUACUUUAAUGGGAGUGAGUUUCCCAGCUGUUACUUUCAGAGCUCCUUCCCGUCACCACCGCGAGACGCAACCCGCGAACGCUGGUUCUGCUUCCGUAUCGAAACCCAAGAAGAGGAGAGCGCUGACGGCUGCGUUCGGCGCCGAUCGUUUAGGGAGGAAGCGGAGGAAGUGGUGGCAGAUAUGCAGGGACGGGGAUUCCAAGCCGGCUUCUCUCGGAGAGUUCCUGGAGGUGGAGAGGAGGUUCGGGGACUGCACGUUUUACGGUGCGGCCGCAGAGGAGCUUGAGGGAGUGAUGGGGGCAGCGCAUGAUGAGCAUCACGAGGCGAGGAAUGGACGGUCAUUGUUUGCCGAUGGGAGGGUGUUGCCUCCUGCGUCGGCGACUCAUCCUCCGGCCGGUGAUUGUGAUGACGAAGAAGAUGGAAAGGCAACGACGGCGGGGGCUCUUUGUAGAUUCCCGGGGUCGCUCACGCGGAUAUGUAGCGGUGGCAUUGGAUAAAGCCUAUACCUUUUGACUCCUCUGUUCACCGUACAAUUCUUUAAUGU